UUACCGUACUAUUACCAGGUUCAGGAACAGUUAUUACCCUUCUAUCACCAGGGUCAGGAACAGUUGAUACCGUAUAAUUACCACGUUCAGGAACAGUUAUUACCCCAGAAUCACUAGUUUCAGGUACAGUUAUUACGCUACAAUCACCAAGGUCAGGAACAGUUAUUACACUACAAUCGGCAGGUUCAGGAACAGUUAUGACACUACAAUCACCAGUUUCAGGAAUAACUAUUACCCUACAAUUGCCAGGUUCAGGAACAGUUAUUACCCUACAAUCACCAGGUUCAGGAACAGUUAAUACCUUACAAUCACCAGUUUCAGGAACAGUUAUUACCCUGCAAUCACCAGGUUCAGGAAUAACUAUUACCCUACAAUUGCCAGGUUCAGGAACAGUUAUUGCCCUACUAUCACAAGGUUCAGGAACAGUUGUUACUCUUCAAUCUCCAGGUUCAGCUACAGUUAUAACGAUACAAUCAUCAAGUUCAGCGACUGUUAUUACACUACAAUUACCACGUUCAGGAACAGUUGUUACCCUACAAUUAACAGGUUCAGGAACAGAUAUUACCCUACAAUCACCAGGUCCAGGAACAGUUAUAAGCCGAGAACCGCGAGUUUCAGGAACCGUUAUUACCCUGCAAUCACCAGGUUCAAUAACAAUUAUUACCCUACAAUCACCAGGUUCUGGAACAGUUGAUACCCUACAAUCACCAGUUUCAGGAACAGUUAUUACCCUACAGUCACCAGGUUCAGGAACAGUUAUUACCCUACAAUCACCAAGGUCAGGAUCAGUUAAUACACUACAAUCGACAGGUUCAGGAACAGUUAUUACCCUACAAUCACCAAGGUCAGGAACAGUUAUUACACUACAAUCGACAGGUUCAGGAACAGUUAUGACACUACAAUCACCAGGUAUAGGGACAGUUAUUACCCUACAAUCACCAGGUUCAGGAACAGUUGUUACCCUACAAACUCCAGGUUCAGGUACAUUUAUUACAAUACAACCACCAGGAUCAGGAUAAGUUAUUACCCUACAAUCACCAGGUUCAGGAACAGUUAUUAUCCUACAAUUACCAGGUUCAGGAACAGUUAUUACCCUACAAUCACAAGGUUCAGGAACAGUUGUUACGCUACAAUCACCAGUUCAGGUACUGUGGUUAACCUGCAAUCACCAGGUUCCGGAAAAGUUGGUACCCUAGAAUCACCAGUUGUAGCAACAGUUAAUAUGCUUCAAACGCCAGGUUCAGGAACAUUUAUUACCCUACA